GCGAGGAGGCUGGGAGAUCCGCCGGCGUCCAGCAACCGGCGCUGCUUCGCGACAGGAGCCUGGGCUCGGCCAUGAAGGACUGUCCGUACUGUGGGAAAACUUUCCGGACAUCCCACCACCUUAAGGUCCACCUGAGGAUACACACAGGUGAGAAACCCUACAAGUGUCCUCACUGUGACUAUGCCGGCACCCAGUCAGCAUCCUUAAAAUACCACCUAGAACGACACCAUCGUGAGCGACAGAAUGGAGCGGGGCCRCUGUCUGGACAGCCCCCGAACCAAGACCACAAGGACGAGAUGUCCAGCAAAGCAUCUUUGUUUAUCAGGCCAGACAUCCUGAGGGGGGCAUUUAAGGGUCUCCCCGGRAUCGACUUCAGAGGUGGCCCUGCCUCUCAGCAGUGGACAUCGGGAGUGAUCUCCUCCGGAGAUCAUUCGGGGCAGGCCACCGGYAUGUCAUCAGAGGCUCCUGCAGACGCCCUGAAAGGCACCGACCUUCCUUCCAAGAGCACCCACUUCUCCGAGAUCGGAAGAGCUUAUCAAAGCAUCGUGAGCAACGGUGUGAAUUUCCAGGGGUCCUUGCAAGCGUUCAUGGACAGCUUCGUCCUCAGCUCCUUGAAGAAGAGGGACAUGAAGGACAAAGCCCUGUCAGAUCCCUCUUCCAUGAAAGCCCACGGAGCUGAGGGUGGCGAGGAGAAACCCAGCRGCAGGUCCUCUCAGAGGAAGGCUGAGAAAUCUCAGCACGAGCCUCUGGACUUGUCYGUGCGGCCGGACGCCUCCCUCCCAGGCUCGUCAGUGACGGUGCAGGAUAGCAUCGCCUGGCACGGUUGCUUGUUUUGUGCUUUCACCACGUCAUCCAUGGAGCUGAUGGCCCUCCAUCUGCAGGCUAACCACCUGGGAAAAGCGAAACGCAAAGAGAAUGCCGCGGGGGUGGCCAUCAACUGCAAAGAGCAGGCCCGGGAGGUGGGCAAGAUGGCUCUGCUGCCCGCAGCACAAUCCAACAAGGAGAUGGGCCUUUCGGGGAUGAUUGGCUCUCUAGACUCUGCUUCUGAGAAGAUGGCCCAAGGACAGGCCAAAGAGACCCUGGGGGACCAGAAGAGUGGCCCGUGGCCCAGCCACGUGGACCCUGCCUUUUGUAACUUCCCAUCAGACUUCUACAAGCAGUUUGGCGUGUAUCCGGGCGUGGUGGGCUCCGGGGCCUCCGGUUCCUGCUCCAACAAGGAUCCCGAUGGGAAAGCCCACCCCGAAGAGGACGCCCCAAUCCUGAUCCCCGAAACCACAAUUAAGAAUGCUACSGAUGACCUCUCGGACAUCGCCUCCUCCGAGGACAUGGACUCCUUCAAGGGAGAAAACAAYGACGAAGAGGAUAUCGAAACGGAGCCCGAAGUGAUGAGCAAGCCCCUGUCUGCCCUCAGCAAGGACAGCAACAGCGACGGCGGGGACAGCCUGCUGCCCACAGGCACCCCCCAGCCCGUCCAGGGACUAGUCUCACCUUUAGCCCAAGCGUCUGAGAAGCAGUGGCACAGCCCAGGCCUUCUUCCUGCCCAGGACCCCUCAGUGGGUCUGCCAAAGCCGGAGCGGGGGCCCCCGGGCCUGGAAAAGCCAAUGAACAUGCUGUCGGUCCUCAGGGCCUACAGCUCCGAUGGCUUAGCAGCCUUUAACGGACUUGCAAGUAGCACAGCAAAUUCUGGAUGUAUCAAGAGGCCAGACUUGUGUGGUAAGUGACACCCCCUGUCCUAGUCGGUCUAUCUGGACUUGCCCUUGUCUGUUCGUGCUCCUCGGUGGUUAUCUGCAGCUUGUUAAUCGUGUAAAGUCAAGAGAAGAACGUAUACACAUAUGUGUGUUGAAUAAAUAAUUACUAUUGGCAUAGGUAUGUGUAUACACACGGCACACCAACCUACAGUAUAUAUAGCAAAGUAUCAGGGAGGCUAAAAAUAUUGCCCCAUAUGUUCCACUAUUAGUCAUGGAUUGCAAAGGCUUAGAAUGGAAAGAAAAUUCCCUCAAAGUCAUAAAUCCUGAGCAACAAAUGCUGGUGGAUUGCAGGCCCCUUCACCUGUUUAAAAAAAAAAAAAUCCUGGCUGGGGGGUUCCAUUCUGCCAGCUCACCUGAGCUCAAACAGGUGGGCCCCUUGAUGGUUUUGUCGGCAUUACCGCUUGUGUCUGAUUGUCCUGUAUUUUGUAACACUUUAGAAGAAUACAGAAAAGUGCAGUAAUUAUCUUUCUCCAUAGUAUUUAAGCAGAAAUAUUGCUAGUUUAAUAUUGUGUCAGGUUGUCGUAUUAACCAGGAACAGAAGACAGUAAAAUUCCAGCAAACAGCACCUUGACAUUCACAACUAAAAAAAAAAAAAAAAAAAAAAAAAAACCUGGUGAUUGAAGCAAAAUGUGUAAACUUGUACUGGGUUAUCGUGUGCUUUGGAAUAGAGUAUUGUUGAAGUAAUUAGAAGAUAUAUUAAGGUGUUCCUGGUAAUGAAGGCAUGUAAGUUAUCAUAAUUGUAGCUUUCUGAAUAAGUGUCAAACUAUAUCUUUAAGUGUGCUGUAUGCUGAGUUACAAGUUAGGUCAUUUAUGAAUGGAAUGUAAAACAAUACUAAAAAUGCUUCAAUAACUUAUCUUGGUAUUGCUAAUAAAAAAAAAGCUGUGAAACAUUA